AAGUACAUAGGAUGCAGAUUGGCGUUGUUGUCAAGCCCGCAAUUUGAAUCGACUAUCUAUUUCACCAUGUUGAUGACCCUUUCAAUUUACCUCUGAAUGCAGACGGUCUCCUACUAUUCAGCUGACGAUAUCGCAGCGGCAAAGAGCCUACAGUUCUUGACGGUGUGUCACUUUCUUGCUGAUAUGAGGAGGGUAAUAUAACAACAGACAUUACCAUCAUGAUGUGCUGCCAGUACACAUCCACGUCGAUGGCUACGUUCUGGAUCUAUGAUUAUGCUUGUUCACUUCACGAAGAGUUGACAUUCCUGCUUCGAUCACGCUUGACCAUGGUAAAAGGCCUUUAUAUUGUUACACGAUAUGUCCCCUUUCUCCUCCUCAUCACGGACUUGUAUCUCGCUUGCUCCGAACGUAUAUAUCCCUUUCCUGAGAUAUAUACAUGUUCCUGUCUGAUCCAUCCAGUCUUUUUUGUGCUCAGGACAUAUGCGCUCUGGAACAAUAAUAGAACAGUACUCAUAGCCAUGUUGUCCGCCUUUUUCGCUGUGACAGUUGCAUCCGUCGUCGUUGAUUUUGCCACUGUCGACACCUCACUUGUUACGAUCAGCGCCAUCCCAGGCAUCCAUGGCUGCUACCGGUCCUCGUCCUUCGUCCGAGUUUCCAUAAUGUUUAUUCUCUUGCUUGCGUUUCAACUAGGACUCAUCUCCCUCACGAUCAUACGUGCCGUACAGAGCUGGCGGGUGGUCAACGGCCUUCUGUAUGACGUCCUGGUGAAACAUAAUAUAUUUUACUAUACAUGUGCUCUGCUCCUCACAGCCGUUAACGUCACAACGCAGAUGCUGUUUUCCCAGACUGCAUACCGCUUUGUCUGCGAAGUUUUCCAGUUCUUUAUCCUCGCGAUCCUUGCUACGCGCAUGCACCUCUUUCUCUGGCAGAUCGACCGGCAGAUGCAUGGCUCUGAGGCCCUCGUGCAUAUUUCCAUGUCCGACAUGUAACCUGCGGAAUGCACGGUCACGACGGUGUGACGUCUCAUCGCGCGGAUUAUUCGGUGUUGCUGUGGAGUGAGGUUUGGACUGGAUAAGAUGACUCUGAAUCGUGGGGUGACUGGGCUUGUUCGGGAUGCGCUUAAUUUAUAGGCAUUUUUGUCGUCGGCGAGAGCCUGAGCUUACAUUUGGAUGGUCUUGGUCUAUUUAAUGUCCAUGGGUGUCGAUUUUUCACUGUAGUCCAUCCAUGUGAAUUGGC